CAAAUAUUCUUUUCAUUUGUUAAGAGAAAUUAACUUGUAUACACUUGUAUAUAUAUAUAUAUAGAUAUGUUGGAGAGUACUGCACUUAUUCCGAGUAUUCUAAUUGUCUAGCUGUUUAAUUGAAAAAUUUCUAUUUAAAAAUGAAUUUCUUGACACUUUACGUAACUUUGGUAUAUACAAUUCUUAGUGUUUACUCAGACAUUGUACCACUUGCAGGUAUAACAAAGGAAUAUUAUUACAAUUUACGUGAAGAUAAUAACCAAGCCAACCACAACAGCAAAUCUAAUGAGAUGCCUGAAUACGAUGACCAACUUCCCGAUUUUCCACACAAGCAAUUAGAGGAAGAGCAGAAACCGUUUCACAAACUUUCCGAAAUGUAAGCUGCAAACUGAUUUUUUGUAUAGAACUAACUGGUGUACAUUCAGCUAUGCGUAUUUAUUGUAUGAUUAAUUUUAGCUUAAGUGAUGACAUCAUUUAAAUUGAAUUAUAACGACUGACUUCGAAAACAAUGACGAAACGAAUAUUGAGUGCAGAACGUCUACUCAACAAAACUAGUUUGUUCGUUACUGAAUAAAUCAUCUCUUCAUACUAUAUAUAUUAUUCAUGUAGAACAUUAUUUGGCCAUUCUUUAAACUUGAAUUACUCUGAGAGAAAGACUUUUCAGACCACACAAUAGACAAAGAAUCCAACUUUUGACAAUGAAAGCUAAUAUCUGUUUUUUGAAUCUAUUUUCAUUAUAGUCUCAAUUCUGGAUCUGUGUAAGUUUUAAGUGAUAGAAAGUUUACUAUUUUUAGAGAUCAUAAUUCCUUUUUAUCGAUAAAAUAAAUCAUUCAUCAAUGACAGGUUACGAUAAUAAUGAUGAUAAUUAUACCUCAGUACUUCGAUUGUGUUUAAUCGUCAGUUACAGUUGUGAUAUUUCUGAACCAAGAAAGCUUACUUUUGUGGUUCAAUAAAUAACAAGGAGUAUCGUAUUAGAAAAGGAUGUCUAUUUGCAAACUUGAUAAGUGAAACUAUGAAAUGCUUUCUACUCAUUGGAUUUAUUUAUAUGUCAGUAUCUCCAGUCAAUGUAUUACUUGAUUGGCUUCUCGUAAACAGACAAGUUAAUGUGACAAUUUGACAUUCAUUUGAAAACUUUCACAAAGUCUAUAACUUCACUUACAUUCAUUGGAUAUCUUCAUUCUACUUCGUUAUUAUGGAAAUAUUAUUAGGGAAGCACACUCUCGAUCAUUUUGAAUUUGACUACAGUGAUAAGAAAAAUUCAUUUUAAUUUUCAAAAUAUUUAUACAACAUAGCAUACCACUGUGGUUGGCGAAAUCAUUCUUUUUAAAUAUUAACAUAAUAAUAUUAUAUAUCUGGGCAGUAUCGUCGAUGAACAUGGUGGAUCAGAUGCA